AUGAGUAUAGCUCGAGCUGAUCCUACAAAUAUUCUCGACAAUAUCAUGAUUCGGUAUGACAAGCGGGUAAGGCCGAACGCCGACACUCAACAUCCUGUCAUCGUCCACAUGACCAUAGUGCUUGGUAUCCUAACAGAAGUGAGAGAAAACCAACAAGUCGCCAGUUUUGUGAUUUCCCAUUUGCAGCGCUGGCACGAUCCCAAACUUCAGUGGGAACCGGAGAAGUUCAACGGCUUGAAACAGGUUGUAAUGCCACAGAACCUGGUCUGGGUUCCGAAGCUGUUCAUCUACAAU